AUGACCGAUGAUGACUCCGAGAGCAACCUCACCGAGUCUCAGGCCGGGGAUGAGAACGAGUUGCCGGUUAUCCAGCUGUGCGGGCUGGUGGAGGAGCUCAGCUAUGGAAACUCUGCUCUCAGAAUCGAGACAGAGAUGUUUGAGAAAUACUACAAUAGACUGGAGCCCAGGGAUCAUCGACAUGCACGAUUAUCAGAUAUUAAAGUAUCAUCCACCGAGUAUGCACAGUUACGAGGCAGGCGGAAAUCCAAAGCCCGGGCAGGUUUGGACCGUGUGAUAAGCCUCACUGUUGAGCAAAAAUGUGAGCUGGUACAAAAGGAGCUGGAAGACACCAAGGAAGAGCUAAGGCACAUGAGGGCAAAUGCUGAACGGGACCUGCAACAUCACGAGGCCAUUAUUGAGGAAGCUGAUAUCCGAUGGGCUGAAGUUCAGAGAGCAAUGAAUGAUUUUGAAAAAGACAUUCUGAAAACCAUCUCCAAGAAGAAAGGGAGCAUUUUGGCCACUCAGAAAGUGAUGAAGUAUAUUGAGGACAUGAACCGCCGGCGGGAUAAUGUGAAGGAUAAAUUGCGUUUGAAAAAUGUUUCUCUUAAAGUCCAGAGGAAAAAAAUGCUUUUGCAACUGAGGCAGAAGGAAGAGGGGGGCGAGGCCCUCCACGAUGUGGAUUUUCAGCAGUUGAAGAUCGAGAAUGCUCAGUUGUUAGAAACAAUCGAAGCAAGGAAUCAAGAGCUGAUCCAGCUAAAGCUGACGUCUGGGAACACUCUGCAGAUCCUCAACACGUACAAAAGCAAGCUUCACGAGGGAUUGGAAAUGUCCAUCAGUCUGGACAAGGAGAUGGCGCUGAUAAAAGAGUUACUCGAAAAAAUCGAAAGAGAAACUGUACAAGCAGAGGAGGAUCGGGCUAAAGCUGAGUAUGUGAACAACAAGUUACGGAAGCAGCUGGCGGAGUUCCGAGCACCCCCAGUCAUGCUGUAUGUCCAGGAGAAGAUCAUGAAUGGGGAGCUGGAGAACAGCAUCAAGACAUGGGAAAGGAAAGUCGAGAUCACAGAGAUGACCUUGAGAGGCUACCAUAAGACUUGGAAUAAAAUGAAAACCACUUGUGAGCAGUUGCAGACAACUGGCACCCCUGGGAAAUAA